UGGUCACAUGAUUCGAUCUAUCAGCUGAGCAGCAGCAGCAUGGCAGCAUCACAGCAAAAGGCAGUAUAUUGGCUGGGAAACGACACCCUGAGAGUUUCAGCUGCGCUAUUCGCAGAAAACCGAGUGCGUUUGUGUCGUGACCUUAAAGCUCAGAAGGACCUACCAGCCAAAUCUGUGGUUGUGCUGCAGGGAGGAGAACAGAAGCAGCGAUACUGCACAGACACUGAUGUGCUCUUCAGACAGGAGUCAUUUUUCCACUGGACGUUUGGCGUGACGGAGGCAGACUGCUAUGGCGCCAUCGAUGUGAACUCCAAGAAAUCCAUCCUAUUUGUUCCCAAGCUGCCAGAGAGUUACGCCACAUGGAUGGGCGAGAUCUACCCCCCUGAACACUUCAAGGUGAAGUAUGCUGUGGAUGAGGUGCAUUUCACCACUGACAUUUCUGACGUGCUGACAAAAAUGAAGCCAAAGGUCCUCCUCACUCUGCGGGGAGUGAACACAGAUAGUGGCAGCACCUGUCGUGAGGCGUCCUUUGAAGGAAUCAGCCAAUUUCAGGUGAAUAACUCCCUGCUGCACCCUGUGAUCGUGGAUUGUCGUCUUCUAAAGACCGAUAUGGAGCUGGAAGUUCUGCGUUAUACCAACCGUAUUUCCAGCGAUGCUCACAAAGAGGUGAUGAAACGUGUGAAACCUGGAUUGAAAGAGUAUGAAAUGGAGAGUCUCUUCCAGCACUACUGUUACUCUCGUGGAGGGAUGCGUCACACUUCAUACACCUGCAUCUGUGGAAGUGGGAAUAAUUCUUCAGUCCUGCAUUACGGACAUGCUGGAGCACCAAAUGACAAAACCAUUCAGGAUGGAGACAUGUGUCUGUUUGACAUGGGUGGAGAAUAUUACUGCUACUCCUCUGACAUCACCUGCUCCUUCCCGGCCAAUGGCAAGUUCACUCCAGACCAGAAAGCUAUUUAUGAAGCCGUGCUCAAGUCCUCCAGAGCUGUGAUGGCUGCAAUCAAACCAGGUGUGAAGUGGACCGAUAUGCACCGUCUGGCAGACCGGGUUCACCUGGAAGAGCUGGUUAAGAUCGGACUCCUGCAUGGGAAUGUGGAGGACAUGCUGAAGGUUCACAUGGGUGCUGUGUUCAUGCCUCAUGGACUGGGUCACCUGCUGGGCAUUGAUGUCCAUGAUGUAGGAGGUUAUCCAGAGGGCACUGAGCGUGUUGACGAACCGGGACUGAAGAGUCUGCGUAUGGGUCGUGAGGUGAAGGAGCGGAUGGUCCUCACAGUGGAGCCUGGAAUCUAUUUCAUCGACCACCUGCUGGAGAAAGCGUUAAACUCUUCCACACAGCGCGGCUUCAUCAACAACGACGUUCUGGCUCGUUUCCGCAGCUUUGGCGGGGUGCGUAUUGAAGAUGAUAUUGCCGUAACAGCUGAUGGUGUGGAAUUGCUGACUUGUGUUCCUCGAACCGUUGAAGAGAUCGAAGCGUUCAUGGCGGGGGAAACAUCCAAACCUUUCAGUCCAAUCACCAGCGAGAAAUUCUGAAAUGAUGAUGAUGAUGAUGAUGAUGAUGAUGAACAACACUCCUUUUCUGCAACAUAUCUGACUUAAGUCUACUGUAAAUCUCAGCAAAUCAAUACGUUUUAUAUUUCACUCUAUAAAGGGAAAGCAAUCAUAUAUAGAGGAAAAUAUGUAAUAGCAGCUGUUUUACAGAAAAUAUAAUCCUUCAGUUUAUAUUCAGUAUCAGCUGCCUGAGCCAAAAUAUUUCUCAUAAGUGUUAUACUAAUACAGUAAAUUACAGGAUAAUUUAUGCACAAAUGUAGCAGCCAUUUUAACAUUUAUUCUUGCAUGCUCAAAGUUUGAUAUUCUUAAUCAGACCAGUUCUUAAACUUUGUUUAGCUGACAAAAGAGAACUUUGUUCAAAUUACAGUACAUUUAGCAUUUUGUAAGACAAUGCAAUACUUAUUUUGAAAUAAACAUCUGAUUUUUCUAGCAUCUUAGAAUUAUGUUCAAGAUGUUGU